AUGGUCAUUAAAUCCAGAUAUAACGUUAAGACAUAUCCUGGCCCCAAAACGCGUACAAAAAUAAAGACCACCGACGACGACAAACUUAUUAAGAGGCACACGAAAGCGAAGCCACGGAGACUGGCGCCUAAUCCAAGGCUGUAUCAGGCACCUCCUCCACGCCCAAUACUGCCUCCAGCGCCCCCUUUGCACUCGAAAAUAUCCUGGGCGCCCCCUAUCCCAUCGACUGCCCUGGACACUGCUUCACUGGCGGCUCUACGCCUGGCGGAGCUCCGUUCCUCAGCCGCCUGUGCCACUUCACCUCUUCAUCAUUUAGGAACCACUGCAAGCCAGCAGAGGCAUACUGGUGACAACCAAGGCCGAAGAACACGGAAACAUAAACUACGCCGUGACCCGCGGAGUAGUCAGAAUCCUCUUAAAGAUCAACUCGAUGUCCUUACACCAGUGGCUCCAAUACAGUGGAAAUUGCGUGAGAACAGAGCAACACAUGUCGCGAUCUAG